AUGAUCGGGAGCAUGUUCAUGAACCCCUAUUCGUACAGCCUUGGUGCCAGAUGCGGGGCAGAAAUCAUCGGCACCAUGAUAGCGCUUUUCCUAGGCGAUGCUGCUGUCGCGAACGAGUUGCUGGCCAAAACAAAGGGAAAUGGCUACGGCUGGGGAUUCCUCUCGAUGGGCUUCGGUUUAGCCUUUGGAUUUGCGACUAUGAUGUUCGAUCAUGUCUCUGCCUACCUCAAUCCCGCUGCCUGCCUCUUCCAAUGGGUUGUCGGCAAUAUCAAUGGCACCGAGUUUCUGGCACUCGCCUUCAGUGAGCUGGCAGGCGCCUUCCUGGGCGCCAUCCUCCUCUGGCUCUGCUACCUGCCCCACUUCAACGUCGUCCCCGAGCCGCCCUCCGUCACCGAACAGGACCCCUUCUUCGCCGACCCGCUGCUGGGCGCAGGGGCCAACCGCACCUUUUCCCCCACCGACCUGGCGGUGGGCGGGUACAACAACGACCCCCUGGACCGCCACAUGCGCAUGAACCCGGGCCAGGCCAUCCAGGGGACCAUGCGCGACAUCGGGGCCGUGCUGGGGAUCGUGCAUGAUGACAUCAAGCAGCGCAAGGAGGAGCUGCUCAAGUCCCUGGGCCGUGCCUCGGUCGUCAACAAGGAUGACAUUCGGCGCAAGAUCGAGGUGCUGGACGAGCGCUCCCGCACCCUGACCGAGCACGAGGAGGCGCUGCUGGUCGCCGACCAGAACAUCAAGCUGGGCAUUUUCUGCACCCGCCCCGCCAUCUACGCGCCCCACUGGAACUUCCUCUGCGAGUUCAUGGCCACCGUGACCCUGCUGGUCAUGGCCAACAUGAUCGCGGCGCGCGGGAGCCUGCUGUACGAGCCGGCGCGGGGCCUCUUUGGGGCCCUCUUUGGCUUCAUCCUCGGCUUCUUCAUCUUCCUCAUUGUGCUCGUGAUCGGCGGGCCCACGGGGGUCGCCAUCAACCCCGCCCGCGACCUGGGGCCCCGCAUCGCACACUGGAUGCUGCCCAUCCCGGGCAAGGGGCCCAGCGAGUUCCUGACCUACGGCUGGAUCCCCGUCAUCGCACCCCUGUGCGGGGGAGCGGCGGCCGGCGGCUUGUUCAUCCUCAUCCAGAAGUUCACGGGGGAGACCAACGUUCCCCCGGGCUCCGUGGUCUGCCCUAAUGUCUGA